AGGAAGGGAACCGAAGUGUAGAGACCGAAAGGAAGGAGGCAACUUAAUUCAAUUCCGAGAGCACUGGUUAAGAGACAAAGAAAAAUGAACCAGACCCUGCCCUCGAGGAGCUUACGCUCUACCGGGUGGGGAGGCGGAGUGAGACACUGACAGCGAGAAAGUGAUGGGGAAAAAGAAAGAAAAGAAAUCGAAUUGCUGGACGCACUUGCCUGCUGGAGGGGCCGUUUGAGCUAUAGAUUGAUGGGUUGGGUACCAGAAGCAUCAGAGAAACCCAGCUUGUCGGGAAUAGCCGCGGGCUUGAAAGAAGUGGGUGUCGUGAGCUCAGCCUGAAUCUUAGGAGAAGUGAUGAGGAACCCAUGGAAUUGACCGGAGAGAGAAGCAGCGUGGGCCUGCCUGUGCUUGAAGGGAAUGGAUCCUUUUGGGAAUUUCGUGGUUUCUGACCAAAAGGAUUCCACAGAACCCAAAGUAUCAGCAUGUCAAGACUAGACUUGACACUGGUAGCAGUAUGACCAAAUACACCGAGAAACUAGAAGAGAUUAAAAAAAAUUAUAGAUACAAAAAAGACGAGCUUUUCAAAAGGCUGAAAGUUACAACUUUUGCCCAGUUGGUCAUCCAAGUUGCUUCCUUGUCUGAUCAAACAUUAGAAGUGACAGCAGAAGAGAUUCAAAGGCUAGAAGAUCAUAAUUCUGCCCAUGCCAUUCCCAAUGCUGAAGACAAGACCAAUGGGAAAGGCAGUCCCACUGAGAAGCCACCCACCCCCAUCGAGUUGGUCGGCAAUGCCGGGGCUGGGGAAUCAAACCGUUCAACGCUGCAGAGCGUCAUCAGUGGUGUUGGAGAACUGGACCUAGACAAAGAGUCACUGAAGAAAAUAGAGCCCAGCUCUAAAGAUAAACCUUAUCCCGAUUGUCCCUUCCUGCUGCUAGAUGUCCGAGAUAGAGAUUCUUACAAUCAGUGCCAUAUUGUUGGAGCUUACAGUUAUCCAAUUGCCACCUUGUCUAGAACCAUGAACCCUUAUUCAAAUGAUAUUCUUGAGUAUAAAAAUGCUCAUGGCAAGAUUAUCAUCCUCUACGACGAUGAUGAGAGGCUGGCCAGCCAAGCAGCUACCACCAUGUGCGAACGAGGAUUUGAGAACCUUUUCAUGCUCUCUGGAGGUCUAAAAGUCUUAGCUCAGAAAUUCCCCGAGGGACUGAUUACUGGGUCAUUGCCGCUGAACUGCCAGCAAACACCAAAUCCUGGGUCUGUCCGAAAGCGAUCCAGCAUCAAAAUGCAGACUCUGUGUGCUGAGAAUAAGUGGAGAUUUACCCCAGAAGAUUUAAAAAAAAUAGAAUAUUAUCUGGAAGAAGAACAAGUUCCUCUGGAAACCCCUGGCCGACUGAGCCGGGGCAACUCCUCCGUCCGGGAUCUCAAAGUCCCAGGUGGCAGUUCCUCUGGAAGGGACGUCAAGGCCACAGCUGUCCGCAGCAGUCAGAGCCUGCCUACCGGCAACUCUGCCAGCAGCCUGAACCCUCGCUCGUUUAGCAGCGGCAACCUUCAGAGCAAACCCUGGAAGUAAAGACCUUGUCAAAUAAAUUCUCUCCCAUUUGUGGGAGCCCCUAAGCACUUCCCAAGUUGGUAACUUCUUCAGAAGGCAGACGUGGGUAAUGGAGACCUCCUCGGGGAGGACCAGUGACCGAGGUAGAGAUGCGCGACAGGCUUUAGUUCUUCCCUGCUGUUUACAGAGUGUUGGAGUCAUCGUCUCAAAUAGGAAAAAGAACUGUCUGGGGUGUCUCUUGUCCGCAGUGUGCUCCAGCCUGUUUACCUGUAUCCCCAUUUCCCCCUUGUAAAUACUCCAUUCACAUCCGCUAAUUGGAGUCUCCCAAUAUCUUCUUUCCAUUUAUGAAGGAAUCCAAACCUUCGAGAUGACUUCUUGAAAAGUUGUCCUGGGAACUCCCAGUGACUCUUAGAGUCCAUCUCUGCCAUCUCCAUACCAGGUGUUGAGCCACGCCCUUGCAAGCCACCCUCCCCAGCACAGGUGCAGGUCAUGCCAUGAACCUGGGGGCUGAUGGCUGGGUUCCCAGAUGUCCAAACAUUUGAGAAUGUAGUGGAACAACUCCCUAGGAUUUGCAAAUUGUGUCUUCCCUUUGGUGAAGGUGUUUACUCAUCCGUAGCAUAGAGUGAUUGUUACUGUACGAUAACCCAAAGGGUUUAUCAGGUUUAAAUGGCUGUCUCCUCCUAGACUCCUUGAUGGUAAUGCAGUAGAAAAUAUGGUGACUGGAAAUCAUCACUUUCCUACACUGGAGCUUCUUUGGGGGGGUGGGGGCAGGAGGGAGAAGGGGGAAGAGGGAGUUCUAUUUCUUUGUCCAAGCCUUCAGCUCUUGUCAGUCUUUGCUUGUAUCCUGUGUACCCUUGCACAUCCUGCUUCUGGCCCCAAAUAUACAGUAUUAGCUGAAUUGUGUAAUCUGUCCAAUUCCUUCCUUAUUUCUCAUUCCUGUGACUGAGCUCUGACUAUGGAGUUAUGAGAGUAUUGGUUCUGGCUUAGGCUAGAAUUUUAAUUCAAUAUUAACCAAACUGCUAGUUGGUUGACUAAUCGAUUCUGUUUAGCCUGUCAAGAAGAUGACUUGGGUAAAGGUAAGGGAUUCUGAAAUAUUUAUGGCCUGUAAAUCUAUAGUUUUGAAAUGGAAAUAAUUGUCAUGGCAAUGUGAUUUUUCAAAAUCCAAAUGAAAAAUUCUUCUCCUUGCUUUGCUUUGCCUUGACUUUCUUUUUUUUUCUCUUCACAGUCAAGUUCCCCAGGGACACAGCCCUCGAGGGUAAGAGAAUCAAAUGAACAGUUAGACAGUAUUUCAGAGAGUCCUGUGAGAAAACAGCUUAUUUGAAUUAGGGUCUGCUAAAAUGUAGCUCUUUGUUUUCAUUUCUUAAAUGUAGCAUUUUCCUGGAUGUAGGAAUCAGACUUUUCUAAGACAUUGUGAAGAAGCAGGGGCCAAACCAUGCUUGAAAAAAAAAGUUCAAGAAUUGUCUUAUUGAAAUUCAGUGGAUGUUUCUGCAAAAUACUUGUUGCCUAAGACCCUCAGUCAGCCUUUCAGCUGAUGCCAAAAUGCUCCAGUGUUUAUUUCUUCUUUAAGGCACAGAUAGAAAAAGGCUUUUUUUCCCUUCCAGCCCUCUGUACUCUUGAAAAAAUCAGUAUAUCCCAAGCUUAACAAGAUUUUUCAGCCAUUGGAUGUAAUUUUAAGGAAAAAAAAAUCUGUUCUGCUGCAGAACUCUGCCAUUUGAAAAUGGCCUGUCAGGAGUAUACUCACCUUCCUGCCCCCAUUUUGAAAGUCAAUCAAUGUCUGCUAAUAGUUUUGCUCUUUGUUCCCUUUGCUCCUGUGACCCCGUGACACUAGAUUAUUAGAGACUUUAUUAUCUGUACAUAUUUUUUGUCGUAGGUUAAUUGAACCUUUUAGGAUUGCUGCAUGUUUUAAGUUUCAGAUGUAUUUAACAGAGUUGAAUGUAUAUUAUAAAUAUUUUUGCAUAGAUGUAAUAGACCUCUGGUCCUAUUGGUAGGGUUUUUAAAUUAACCUGGGCCUCAAAAGAUCUGUGCUGAUUUUGCACCUUAAAUCAGACAUCCUGGAUAAUUUUUCAAUUUUAUGUUUCAACUUUUUUAAUGUUUUCCCUUUAAUAGUUUCCUCAUUAGCUUAUUGGUAUGUUUGUAUUGUUGUUCAAUUGAUCAGUGAUACUCUGUGUGAUUAAGAUUGUUUGCAGAUUAAAGUACAAUGCACGGCAA